UCCAUCACAUGACCGUCAUAAGGUUUUUUCUCACUGGAACAAGCGACGUCGGGCCAUAACAGCGAAAAUUUUCACCACCAUUUUUCGUUUGUAGUUUCAGUUCACUUUUCGUGCGUCGUUGCAGCGAUUCUACCGAAAUGUUGUGGAAGUCGCUGAUUGCCCUGUGCGUCAUUGGAGCAGCCUUCGCGGAGCAAACGCCCGUCUUUCUGUGGGGUGCCAACAGUGUGGCGAAGCCCUCGCUGAAGACAGUGCCCCAGGCGGAGUUCGCCGAGCAGUUGGCUACGUUGCUGGAAGAUCACAUGGUCGUGGCCUUCGAGGAAAAUGGCUUGAGCAGCAAGGACUUCCUGUGCAGCAACUCCCUGUCGCAGUCCUGCUAUGCCCAGUUGCAGGGCGUUAGCCCCAAGACCUACUACACCAGCGUGGAGAAUCCCACCGAGGCCCUGCGUUCGGUCGCCGCCAAGCGGGAGCACAACAGCAUCGAUGCCAGCGGAAAAUUGGUGAACCCAGCCAAGUGCGCCGCCGGCAAAGCCCUGUUCGUCAGCUUCGAGGAUUCGAAGGAGAGUCGCGAGGCCACCCUGGAGUCACAUGACGCUGCCAUCGCCGCUAUCAGCAAGCAGUUUGAGUGCAAGGUGGCUUAUCUGUAUCUGGCCGCACCGUCCACCGCUCCGGUUGUUCAGCGUCGCGCACGGCGUGACACGGCCGCUACUACUGGAGGAACCUACUUUAGGUCCACAAACCAAUUUUUCAUCUUUUACACUGCCCUUCUUUACAACUCGGAUCCCGUCACCUUUACCGGUAUUUCAGUCCAGAACGAUACCAGCUCCAAGUUCACCGUCACAUUAUCGUCUGCCUCCAAGUCACUCGUCUUUGAUGUUUCUAAUAGCGGUGGAUACUUUAGUUUGAGCAAUGUAAAGUAUGGUGAUGAAGCUUUCCGCGUUACCGGCAUUGUAAACGCCCCCACCACGUUCUCCUACGCCUGCGGUAACCUCACUCUGGAGUCUGCUGCCACCGAUGGUCGUUACAACUCGCUGAGCUUCAAGUCCCUGCAGCUGCAGGCUCCGUUCGACGGUUCCUAUUCUGUGGAUUUCCCCUUCGGCGAUUCUUGGGACUGUGUUGGAUUCGUAUCGCCCGGAAUCCUUAUGGGUCUUCUGGUCGUCGCUCUGCUGCUGGUCAUCAUGUUCAUUGGUGUCUGCUGGAUGAUGGACAUCAACACGAUGGACCGCUUUGACGAUCCCAAGGGCAAGACCAUCACGAUCAACGCCGCCGCUGACUAAACAGCCGGUCAUCAUUAGUUCACGCCCAAGCUUUUUUGUUAUAUUUUCCCUUCAGAAAGUCAUUCCUUUAUUCUUCCGUCAUGAAACGAACCAAUACUUAAUACCAUAUAACCAUAUAACACAUAACCGGGAAAUUAGUCCUUACAAUUUCGAUACAAAAAUUUUCCCCGACAAAGAUCAGAUCCACGUUCAGCAUCAUUCCGUGCUGGCCUUUGUCGCCGAAAAUUUCCAAGAGUUUUGCUUGCACCGACUUGGCAUCCAGUAUUUCAUAUAGUAUAUAGCCCCUAAAUGUCGUAAAUUGAGGAAUUACACAAAAAAAAAAAGACGCACAGUGUCCAAAAUAAGUGUGUGCAGAAGUCCAUUGGUGUGUGUGGAUGUGUGCCCCAUGAUUGCCCGUGGGCAGUAAAUCUAAACUUGCAUAUAUCUAAGUUUUUGUAGUUUGUUGUUUUGCGCAAAUAUGCGAAACUAAUUUAUGCCUCUGUAUGAUAGUUUGUCUUUUGUGCAACUCUCCUGUUCGCAGGCCCAACGAAAAUAAAGUUUUUUUCAAUUGUGUUACCAAA